AUGUCUUCUUCCACGAGCCAGGACACCAUGGAGGAGCAGGUACCCCGGCCCAGCGCUUCUCCUGUGCGACAGCCCUUCAACGAAGCCAGCCUGUCUCCUGUGGCCUCUUACCCCUGCGUGCCCCACGCCUUUGAUGCAGACCUUUGCACUUGCUGGUCCCCACACGACUCCAUCCUGUGGCCCAGUGCUAGCACCUACUGUGAGGUUCACGCUUGCCCAGCAGAUUGGCCUUGGGACCCUUACCUCUGGAUGGGGGAGCCCCAUGUUUUCUCAUCCAGGGAUCUCGACAGCUUUGGUGCCUUCAUGGGAAGACCGUUGAGCCUGGAAACCUAUAACUCAUUUCCUGAGCCCUCAGCAUCCGACCUCUCAGUCUCCCGGACCAGAGAAUACAGACUAUUUCCUGAGCCCUCAGCUCCCAACCCUUUUGCCCUUCCUACCCAGGCUGAGGUCGUCUCCAGUGACUGGGCCCAGGGCAGCUUCCAGCCCUCAGCCAGCUGGGCCCCUAGGCCUGCAGGGGAGGGCCUGCACCCACAGCCUCCCUUCCGCCCUACCUUUGUGACAGAAUGGGCCUCCAACUUUAGCAUUUGGCCCCCCUGGCCCUCCUCCAGCCCAGAACUCCACCCCCUGCCUCCUACCCCCUUCCCAGACCCUCAGCCCCAGGCCCCUAGAAAGAACUUUCCCCACAGACCACCUUCCAAGGCCCGACGCUGCCUAGUUUUUGACAACUGA